CUCUGGAUGUUUGCGGCAGAAGUCGCUGCUAUUGCUGAUUGACAAUAGGGGGUGACAGAGUACACAAUAAGUGGGCUUGCACACAUGGACUAUACACAAACAAAAAAGUUAGAAGCUGUUAUUUUGUUCCCAGAUCAUCAAAAAUCUGUUUUACAAAUGAGUGAUUCUGAGCACUUAUUUGUUGUUUUUUAACAAGGUGUAUGAUGAAGGUAUAUGCCACGCGUGGUAACAACCCAACUAUAGACACUUUUUUUGAUCACAUUUUAAUCUUAAAUUUAUAAAACGAGACGUCUAAAGUAAGGCUUACCAUUGAACAUCAUUUUGAUUAGUAAAUGUCAAUCUUGCCUGCAUUUUCUAUAUUGUGACCUACAUUGGAACGCCUUUACCAUCUCCUAUUUAAGCAGUAUACAAACCGUUUAGUAUAAAUACAACCAGACUCCUCCCCCCCAAGGAUUCAGAUAGAGAAUAUCCAACAUGUAAAAACAGUGUUUGAUAGUUUGAGAUUGUGAGGCAGAAAUAUCCAUGUGUAUUUUCUCUUCCUCUCCUGACAGUUUAGGGUUCAACACCAGUGUCCAGCAGCUGAGUCUGUUUUGAAAAGGAGAGAAGGUUCAGGGGGCUAAUGGUGAUAUUCUGCUACUGCGCAAAUCCCCUAAACUGUGUCUGUCCCCUUCUUGUGCUCUAGUCUGCCACUGCUGCCCUGACCCAACCUCUCCCUGAUCACAUCUACUCCCAUCUUCUACCUUACACCCCCCCACCUCCACUCCCAUACCCCCCUAACCAUCCCCAAGCAUGGCCUGUCAGUGGUUCAGUCUAAAUUUAAACUACAGCAGGGCCAACUGCUCCUCCAGCCACUCUGGGCUCCUGUUAUUUUUCUCUGCCGAGGGGGUUUUUCUGUCAAAGACCCUCAGCCAAGAGGAGAGGCCUGUGGCUCUGCGUAAGGGAGACAGAGUCAGGGGGAGAGGGGAGAGAAGGCGGCAGAGGAGCGCACACAGGAUCGGCAGGUCUGGAACUCCGGGGCCUUCACAACCGGGAGAUAUAAAGUGCCUCAGUUUGGGAUUAUUCAGUAAGAAGACACACUUCUACAGGACUAGGAGCGUUUACCGGUUGAGGUGUAAAGAUGGCGGCCAAAGCAGAGGACAAGCUGGUUAUUAUGAAUGAAGAGGAGCUGAAGAGAAAGCAGAAGGAGAAGCUGAAGAAGCUACAGGCCACAGGGGGAAACCCUCGACCUGCGAGAACCCUCUUCCUCUUCAACCUCAAAAAUCCCUUCCGUAAGGCCUGUACCAGCAUUGUGGAGUGGAAAACCUUUGAGAUCAUCAUCUUAUUGACCAUCUUUGCAAACUGUAUUGCUUUGGCUGUGUUCCUGCCCAUGCCUGAAGAAGACAGCAAUAACACCAACAUAAACUUGGAGAGUUUGGAGUACAUCUUCCUGAUCAUAUUCACGUUAGAGUGCUUUCUGAAGAUAGUGGCGUAUGGGCUUGUGUUCCACGAAGGCGCCUAUUUACGUAACUGUUGGAACAUAUUGGACUUUGUCAUCGUCUUCAUGGGUCUCUUCACCUUUGCCUUGGAUACCAUCAAUAAGAUAGCAGGUGUGCCAAAGGAGAAGGGCGGGGGGUUUGACAUGAAGGCACUGAGAGCCUUCAGAGUGCUGCGACCCUUACGUCUCGUCUCUGGAGUCCCCAGCCUGCAGGUGGUGAUGAACUCCAUCCUUAAAGCCAUGCUGCCUCUGCUGCACAUUGCCCUUCUCGUCUUUUUACUGGUCACCAUCUAUGCCAUCAUGGGACUGGAGCUAUUCAAGUGCAAAAUGCAUAAAACCUGCUAUUACACUGGCACAAACCUCUAUUCCACAGCAGAAGGCGAGCUGCCUGCACCAUGUGCUCAGGCUGGUAACGGACGCCGCUGCAUGAUCAACGGCUCUGAGUGUCGGCCAGGCUGGGAGGGUCCCAACAAUGGCAUCACCCACUUUGAUAACAUUGGCUUUGCCAUGCUUACAGUCUACCAAUGUAUCACCAUGGAGGGAUGGACCAAAGUUCUCUACUGGGUUAAUGAUGCCAUGGGAAAUGAAUGGCCCUGGGUCUACUUCGUGCCCCUCAUUCUGCUGGGUUCCUUCUUCGUGCUUAAUUUGGUUCUGGGUGUGCUCAGUGGAGAAUUUACCAAAGAGCGAGAGAAGGCCAGGUCACGUGGAGAGUUCCAGAAGUUGCGAGAGUGUCAGCAACUGGAUGAAGACGUGCAUGGCUACAUGGAGUGGAUCACUCACGCUGAAGUCCUGGAUGCUGACCGAGAGGGCAAAGGAUUCCUGCCUUUAACCAGCGACCCUGAUACAGACAGCCUGUAUGACCUGGAAGGCAAGGGCCAAAUUGUCUACUACUAUCGCCUGGCCCGUCGCUGGAACCGUUUCUUCAGGAUGAAGUGUCUGCUGUAUGUGAAAACUAAGAGCUUUUACUGGCUAGUGAUGUUUCUCGUCUUCCUCAACACCCUGACCAUAGCAACAGAACACCACCACCAGCCUGACUCGCUCACGUCUCUACAAGAUGUGGCCAGUCGAAUACUGCUGGUGCUGUUCAUCGUAGAGAUGUUUGUGAAGAUGUAUGCUCUGGGUCCAAGAGCAUAUUUCAUGUCCCUAUUUAACCGCUUUGACUUCUUUGUGGUGCUCUGCGGUAUCCUGGAGAUGAUCAUGUUCUCUGCAGGAGCCGUGGCUCCCUUGGGUUUCUCUGUACUAAGGUGUAUCCGGCUGCUGAGGAUCCUUAAAGUAACAAAGUAUUGGACCUCUUUGAGUAAUUUUGUGGCUUCUCUCCUCAACUCUGUACGCUCCAUUGCCUCCCUGCUCCUACUUCUCUUCCUCUUCAUCGUCAUUUUCUCCCUGCUGGGAAUGCAGGUGUUUGGGGGGAAAUUCAACUUUACCGACCACAGACCCAGACGCAGUAACUUUGACAACUUCCCUCAGGCCCUCAUCAGUGUUUUUCAGAUCCUUACAGGAGAGGACUGGACCACCAUAAUGAACAAUGGCAUUAUGGCCUAUGGAGGGCCUGAAUUUCCUGGCAUCCUGGUCGCCAUCUUCUUUAUCAUCCUCUUUGUGUGUGGAAACUAUAUCCUCCUCAAUGUCUUCUUGGCCAUCGCCGUCGACAACCUGGCAGAGGCUGAGAGUCUGACUUCAGCUCAGAAAGAAAAGGCGGAGGAGAAGUUGAGAAGAAAGUUACUAAGGUCCAAAAUGCCUGAGAAGACUGAUGAGGACAGGGAGAGGAUAGCAAAGAAACUGGCAGAGCAGAGAGCCAAGAUGGAGAUCAUGCCCACAACAGCCAAGCUCAAAGUUGACGAGUUUGAGUCCAAUGUCAAUGAAGUGAAAGAUCCUUUCCCACCUGACGACUUCCCAGGUGAUGACGAGGAGGUAGAGCCCGAAAUCCCCAUCAGCCCUCGGCCCCGACCGAUGGCCGACCUGCAGCUGAAGGAAGAAGCCGUUCCAUUGCCUGAAGCCAGCUCCUUUUUCAUUUUUAGCCCUCAGAACAAGUUUCGUAAACUGUGCUACAAGAUCAUCAAUGCCUCCUCCUUCACCAACUUAAUCCUUCUGUUCAUCCUGCUCUCCUCCAUCUCCCUGGCAGCUGAGGACCCCAUCGAUCCCAAGUCCUACAGAAACAAGAUAUUGGCCUAUGCUGACAUUGUCUUCACAACUGUGUUCACCAUUGAGAUAGUACUGAAGAUGACAGUAUAUGGAGCAUUCAUGCACGAGGGCUCCUUCUGCCGUAACUCCUUCAACAUCCUGGAUCUGAUUGUGGUUGGAGUCUCUCUACUUUCUAUGGGGAUGGAAUCCAGUGCCAUCUCUGUGGUGAAGAUUCUCAGGGUGCUGAGGGUGCUGAGGCCUCUCAGGGCCAUCAAUAGAGCCAAAGGGUUAAAGCAUGUGGUCCAAUGUGUGUUUGUGGCCAUCAAAACCAUCGGCAACAUCGUCAUGGUCACCAUGCUGAUAAAUUUCAUGUUUGCCUGUAUCGGAGUGCAGCUCUUCAAGGGUAAAUUCUACAGCUGCACAGACUCGUUGAAAAUGACAGGAGAGGAAUGCCAGGGACUCUUUGUGAAGCACAUGGAGAAUUCCCUACAAGACACAGUGUUGGCUAAGAGAGAAUGGCUCAACAAUGACUUCAACUUUGACAAUGUGUUCUCUGGCAUGCUGGCUCUCUUCACUGUUUCCACAUUUGAGGGCUGGCCAAAACUGUUGUACAGAGCCAUUGAUUCAGACGAAGAAGACAUGGGUCCUGUCUUCAACAAUCGCGUAGAUGUGUCCAUCUUCUUCAUCGUCUACAUCAUCCUCAUUGCCUUCUUCAUGAUGAACAUCUUUGUGGGCUUCGUCAUUGUCACUUUCCAGGAGCAGGGCGAGCAGGAGUACAAGGACUGCGAGCUGGACAAGAACCAGCGCCAAUGUGUGCAGUACGCCCUGAAAGCUCGACCUCUGAGAUGCUACAUCCCCAAAAACCCUAACCAGUACAGAGUCUGGUACAUUGUCACCUCCUGCUACUUUGAAUACCUCAUGUUCUUCCUAAUUAUGCUCAACACCUUGUGUCUGGGGAUGCAGCACUGCAACCAGUCCGACCAUGUGACCAAGGUGUCAGACACCCUGAACGUGAUCUUCACCGUGCUCUUCACUCUGGAGAUGAUUCUCAAGCUCAUGGCCUUCAAAGCGAGGGGCUACUUUGGAGACCCCUGGAACGUCUUUGACUUCGUCAUUGUCAUCGGUAGUGUCGUUGAUGUCAUCCUUAGCGAAGUCGAUAGUGCCCUGGCUGCCAGUGGAGGACUGUACUGUCUCCAUGGCUGUGCUGAAACAAAUCCUAUGCAAGCAAUUGCGGCGUCUGAAAAUGCCUCAGUUUCCAUCACGUUCUUCCGACUCUUCCGUGUCAUGCGUCUGGUCAAGCUGCUGAACCGUUCGGAGGGCAUCCGUAACCUGCUGUGGACCUUCAUUAAAUCCUUCCAGGCUCUUCCUCACGUAGCUUUGCUCAUCAUAAUGCUCUUCUUUAUCUACGCUGUCAUCGGGAUGCAGAUCUUUGGAAAGGUAUCCUUAGUUGAUGGCACCCAAAUCAACCGCAACAACAACUUCCAGACAUUCCCUCAGGCGGUUCUGAUGUUAUUCCGGUGUGCUACUGGAGAGGCUUGGCAGGAAGUCAUGAUGGCUUCAAUGUAUGGGAAGAAGUGUGACCCCAAGUCUGACUUCCUGCCAGGUGAGGAGUUCACCUGCGGGUCCAACUUCGCUGUCUUCUACUUCCUCAGCUUCUACUGUCUCUGUGCCUUCCUGAUCCUCAACCUGUUUGUAGCUGUCAUCAUGGACAACUUUGACUACCUAACCCGUGAUUGGUCUCUUCUUGGUCCACACCAUCUGGAUGAGUUUAAGAAGAUCUGGGCUGAAUAUGACCCUGAAGCCACGGGGAGAAUUAAGCAUCUGGACGUGGUGACGCUGUUGCGACGUCUCCAGCCUCCACUGGGCUUUGGCAAGUUCUGUCCUCAUCGUGCUGCAUGCAAGCGCUUGAUUGGCAUGAACAUGCCUCUCAACAGCGAUGGCACCGUCACCUUUAAUGCCACCCUGUUUGCUCUCGUCAGGACUGCACUCAAGAUCAAAACAGAAGGUAACUUUGAGCAGGCCAACGAGGAGCUGAGAGCCAUUAUAAAAUCAAUCUGGAAACGCACAAGUAUGAAACUGUUAGACCAGGUCAUCCCGCCUAUUGGAGAUGAUGAGGUGACUGUGGGGAAAUUCUACUCCACCUUCCUGAUCCAGGAUCAUUUCCGCAAGUUUUUGAAGCGUCAGGAGGAGUACUAUGGCUACCGGCCCUCUAAGAAGAGCGCCUCAGGCCCAGAGAUCCAGGCGGGCCUGAGGAGUAUAGAUGAUGAGGUUGCUCCAGAGAUGCACAGGGCCAUUUCUGGAGACCUGCAGAAUGAGGAAGAGAUGGACAAAGCUAUGGAGGAAGCUGGGGAAGAAGGCAUCUACCAGCGUACACACGGCCUGUUUGGUAACCGGGUGGACUCAUUCUCUGGUGAGCCUGUCGACGCUCAGUCCCAGCAGAUGACCAACCAGCGGCCCCUCAAGUUCUCUGAGAGCCAGCCUGAGUCUCCACCAAACUCCGCUGCCUGGAUGCCCACUACUGAAUUUUUCCCCACAGCCGCACCAAAAAGCAACACUAACAACAACGCCUUUGCAGAAUAUUCAUUUGAUAGAGAAGGCAGUCCCGAAGAGUUUUACAAUCUCAGUGAGGAUGCAGAGCCAGGUAACCUGCGCUCCUGGAACUUCACAGUGAGAACAGACAAAACGCAGUUCCCUUAUGAGCCUAACUAUGGUGACAGUCAGAGUGAGAGCUCCAGUACUGCAGCUGACCAGCUCGUCCAGGAGGCUCUUGUAAAGGGCGGUCUGGCCUCCCUGGCCAAAGACCCUGGCUUUGUCUCUGCGACUAAGGAGGAGAUGGCUGAUGCCAUGCACACGACUGUGGAUGAGAUGGAAAGCGUGGCUCAGGGCAUUCUCAGCGAACGUGCCGGCAGCGUCGCCUCCGUCAAAAAGAGACGUCCCAUCCCGGUCCCUCCUCCUGCCGUGGCAGCACGGGUAACGGGCCAGCCGGAUCCAGCUGCGAGGAGAAAGAGACGUCCAAUCCCCCUGAUUCCCUCCGUACAGGAGGCAGACUCUAAAGUUUAGAAGAUGCCACUUGAGUUUAUGUGGUUAUCUCGUGAUUUAUACACCUGCAGGUAGCUCCACCUCACCUCACUUUACUAAGCUUGUUUCUCUUUUAACAGUCUGUAUCUACUAGCCUGGCUCAGGGCCUAAAGGCAGGUUGGCUCAGGUUUAACAUAUUGUUAAGUGUGUUUGAAACUUAACUAAAGAGAAACAUAUCUGAUGUUGAAACAUCGUAAUUUUCAGAUUUAUUGAAAGCACUGUAAUAAAAAUACUAACUUAUUUCAGAGCAAACAGAUUGACGCACUUCUUUCUUUGUAGCGUUUGUUGACGUUAUCCAUUCCAUGUGACUUUUGGGACAACCAUGUGAGUGAGCAGAGCGUCUUACUGUAGGCUCACUGAAGACUCAAACAACUCUCUGAAUGAAGGGAGCAGGCGGCCGACAGUGGGACAGUGGGAAAGGACUCCACUUUGGGGAAACGGAGACUUGAGUUUCUGUGCAUGCAGGCCCAGAAAAGUUCACUGAAUGAGCAGUUCGUGCUUUUAAAUGGGCACGGUGCUACAAUGACAAUGCAGGUUAAACCAUUUUUUACUUUGUUGGCAAAGCACCGUCCUCUGAUCAGUUAUGACUUUCUCUUAAUACUGAGGUUUACCGAGUUUUCUCCUGCUCACCACUGUUCUUUUAUGCAGUUGGUAUCAGCAGAUUUUAUAGAGGAAACUUUUUUUUCUAUGGAUAUAGAGGUACAUUUAAUCUCUAAAAUAAUUAUCCAAAGAUUUAGCUGUAUUAAAAGUAUUUGUUGAUUUUAAAGCGGUGUAGUCAAAGCAGUGCAUGUGAUUUUGUUCCAAGUCACUUUAAGUCGUUCUACUGCUACAGGUUGUGUUUUUGAUUUACCUUUGAUACCUUUGAGUUAGGGACACUUAGUUUGAUCCAUACAGAUGAUGUAUCUUCAUACCUGGAGUAUGUGGAUUUAGAUUUACACCUCAUGACAAUUAUUAUUCAUAAUUGCACUUGAUUGAUGUUUUUUUGCCUAAUUCACACAGUGACUACAGGACUUUUUUUCUAACAUUAUCAUCUGACCAGCCUGUGUGUUGCUGUUACACAUACACGAUGUUGGAGACAGUUUGAGUGAACUUUGAUGCUCAACCUCAGGUCUCCUUUACUUCUGGGUCUAUGUCAUUAUGGUUGAUGUUACAUUGGCAAAAUAAAUAAAUCAUCCAAACAUUCAUUUCUGCGUUAGUUUUCUUUCUGCAAACAAACCAAAGAUGGACAUCUGAGCUCUCAGGCUGUUAAAGGAGAGGGAAGAAAGCCCCCCACAACAGGUUAGUUUCAUUCAUUAAAUAAGAAAACUAAUGACAGAAAUGCCUUGAAAUGAGAGCGUUGGUGC